AUUGUUGCUGUUUCAGCGCAUGCGUGCGCGCACUCGGGGAAAAGCAAAACAAAACCGCACACACGCGCUUCAUUUUCCCUCGCACGAUUUGUGAAACCCGUUCUGGGUCCCGAAAGGCGGCAUCCCGGUGGCAGCGUGGUAAAGAGGUACGUGUUUGUGCCAGUUUGAAUCGUUUGAUUUGUUUUUCCUCGCCAGUUUCGUUACCGUUCUAGUGUGUACACGUGUUUGUGCUAUGCAAGGGGUGGUGGGUGCAUGCCCUGUAAAACAUUUCUGUGUGUGUGUGUGUGUUUUGCGCAUUUUUCUUGUUUCGCAAUCGCAGCCAAUAGUCUAUCUCGGACCCCGGAGUCCCGCUAAUUUCGCAGGAUGAUGCACCAAGGCAUCCGGCUUGUGGUAGCUUCACAUGCAAUGUCGUGAUCUUCCCUUUGGAGCGCCUGGGCUACCGCACGGCCCUCUACCCUCCUAUCGAUCUCCUGGUCAUCAUCAUCAUCAAUUAUCACCAUCAUCGGUGCCUUCGUCACCUGUUGCAGUGUGUUUGUGUGGAAAUCCCUCUCUUACUCCCACUAUAUCCGGUCGCUUGUUGGGAGAGGAACGUAGACAGCGAGAGAGAGACAGAGAGAAAGAAAGGAAAAAAAGGAAAACAGAAAAAGAAACAGAGAAGAACAUAAAAAGAAAGAGUGAGAGAGAGAGAGUGAAAUCGAGCGACAAGGACAGCAAGUCGGGAAAUUUUUUGUAAUGCCGUCGUGUGGUGGAAGCGAAUGAACCAGGUGCUGCCUGGAGACCAUUCGGAGUGAAAGCGACCCAACGGUCACCAGCACUCAGAGAUCCCUUGAAUAAGCGCUUGAAUAAGAACUUGAAUUGGCGAAAUUAUUCAAGUGAUCCGUCGGGUCCCGAAGCCGAAGCAAACCCGAAGCCGAAGCAAAACCCGAACGGGGGUCUGCACGAAUAUUCGUUUUAAUAGCCCCCUCCCCUUUUUCGCAGAUUUUCUCUCUGAAAUUACACUGUGCACACAAUUACAUCAACACAAUUCGAUUUAUUGAAAAUAGCCAAGUGCGUGGCUGUGUGUAGUAUCACCGUGGACUGCAGAAAACUACCUGCACUAGAACAGAGCGCUGGUGUGGCCAAAUGUGUGCAUGUGUGUACUUGCUCCACUGAAAGCCGGUAUCGCACCAGAUUUCGGGUAUCGCUUUGUGCGUGCGUGUGUGUUAUUGUCACAGCACACUCGUUCAUCAUUUUUUUUUUUUUCGUUCUUUCGCUUGAGCCACUCGAUUUCGUUCUUCGCAGAUUUUGGCAGCGCACGAGGGGGUUUCGGCUUCAACUUCCAACAACAACAACCACACGAGGAGGCUCGGGGACACUCACCAAGGGAAAAUCGCUCAAAUUAGAGCGAGACACAGAUAGAAACAGUGAAAGGUCAAUUAAAAAGCUUCGGCUUUUGACCGUUGGGCGAUAGACAAGACGACAUUUCAAUCUUCGCAAACAGCAAGGCAUCCCGAACGCCGAAAACUUUCCGAAGUCGGCGACGAAGUCGGCCCCUACCAGACGCGUCUUGGGAACGGCCCCGCAGCAGCAAGAGCAGAGAGGCUGUGGCCCGCGCCUAGUAGCUGCUCUCCGCGCUCGGCGCUCGGAGGCGCAUUUUACGCUCUCGGCAAACCGGUACCACCGAUUCAGAGCGUACACCGUCCCGCACUCUUUGGACCAACCACAUUCCCCUCCUUCCAGCGGCCUCCACUCAGGCAUCGAAAGAGGGCUUGAGAGAGAGAGAGAGCGCGCUCCGCCUAGAGUGGGAGCCCGAUUGCGCAGCCCCGGAUAAGUGGGUCGCAGUCGCGAGAGAGAGAGAGAGAGAGAGCGGGAAGCCCGAAGCGCGGUACCCGAUCGGGCCCCGCAGCAGACGACGGCGGUUCGCCCGGGCCCCGAUCGUGUGAUAUCGUGGCUGGAAAAGUCACGCUGCGCUGCCGGUGGAGACGGAACGGGCGGUAUCGGGCCGCCGAUCGGGGCCUGAUCGGCGGUGUGGUGUGUGCGCGCGCGCGCGCGCCCUCGCUUAGCUCGGGUUUGGUUUCGGGUUUGAAGGUGGGGUGGUAAAGGGAACGGCACCCGUUUUUGGUGGGGCACACACACGCAGCGAAACGUCACUCGCACCGCGAGCGAGCAUAGUAUAGUAGUAGCAGAAGCGACGGCAGCAUCAUCAGCAGCAGUUGGCAGCAGCAGCAGGCAGACAGACAGACAGACAGCAGGCAACAGGCAACGGCAUUUCGGGGGCUUCGAGUGCUCGAGCGGUCCAUCGAACGGCUCACAAUUGUUUUGACUAUGGCGUGUUUAAGUUCGUCCAACCGGGCCUGUGUCCGCGUAGUGCAGGAGAAACUGUGUCAGCUAUUGGCGGUCGCGAAGGGUCCGCUCGGUCAGCAGCAGCAGCAGCAGCGGGACCUGUCGCUGCCCGCGUCCGGCCCGGUAGUGAACGUCGGUGGCGAUGGUGGAGGCGGCGGAGGCGGCCACCGGGCCGCGCUGCUCUCGGCCGGGUCCGGCGGGACGCCGCUGGUCGCGCACAGCGUCAGCGGCCCGAUCAAGCGCAGCUUUUACACUGGCCGCGGCAACUUCAUUCAACCUGCAGCUGCACUCGCCCCGGCCAGGGCUGGUGCCCGCGUGCCAGUCGGUACGGGCGCCCUGUUCGAGCUGAACCAGAAAUGCAGCGCAACUGCGAACCUCCAUCCCUGCAUGCGGGGAUACAGCUCCGUCCACACACAGCAACCGGCCGGCCCGAUACGGGAGUACAACAUCGACCCAUACAUACUGCUGGAGGACGAGCUGAAAUAUAUCUUUGAGGACAUUAGGCAGGAAAUCAGCCGCGCGACAAAUCACCAGGAGCUGAACAAAAUUGCCGUCUACUACUUCGACGGGCAGGGCAAAGCUUUCCGCCCGAUGGUUGCAAUACUGAUGGCGAAGGCACUGAACUAUCACAUGCACAACGAAAACAGUGACGUAAUGAACGCUCAGCGACAGAUAGCAAUGAUUUCAGAGAUGAUUCACACUGCCAGCUUAGUGCACGAUGACGUUAUCGACCAGUCGUUUGCCCGGCGGGGUAAGCCGAGCGUCAACGUACUGUGGAACCACAAAAAGGUGACGCAGGCUGGUGACUACAUCCUUGCCGUUGCCUCGAUGCUGUUGGCCCGCCUGAAGCACGACGAAGUAACACACAUUCUUAGUCAGGUUCUAACAGAUUUGGUCCAGGGCGAGUUUAUGCAGCUGGGCUCAAAGGAAACGGAAAACGAGCGUUUCGCGCACUACUUCACCAAGACGUACAGGAAGACGGCAUCGUUAAUAGCCAACAGCUUAAAGGCGGUUGCUGUGCUGUCCGGUGCAGACGAGCAGAUGGCCGAGCUAAGCUUCCAGUACGGGCGCAACCUCGGGCUCGCCUUCCAGUUCGUGGACGAUCUGCUCGACUUCGUGUCGAGCUCGGAAGCGAUGGGUAAACCGGCGGCGGCCGACCUGAAGCUCGGCCUGGCCACCGCACCGGUGCUGUUCGCCUGCGAGAAGUUCCCCGAGCUGAACCCGAUGAUUCUGCGCCGCUUCCGCGAACCCGGCGAUGUCGAGCGGGCGUACGAGCUGGUGCACCAAUCGCAAGGCCUGGAGCAGACGCGCUUCCUCGCCCGCAAGCACUGCAUCGAGGCGCUCCGGCUCGCGUCCCAGAUCAGCGAGUCGCCCUACCAGAAGGGUCUGAUCGUGGUCGGCGACUUUGUGCUCAACCGGAUGAAGUAAACGUAGAGCACGGAUCCCGUAAAGAUACACAGAGAGAGGGAUAGAGAGAGAGAGAGCGAAACCUCUCGAACCAAUUUCCAAAUCGAUGUCGACGACAAAGAAAAGAAGAAAAAACAACAACACAUCAACAACAGAAACAAGACCGCCGAUGAGCCUUCUUUCCGUAUUGCUUACAUAUAUAUAUAUACAUAGAUAUGCGCACGCGACCUGCAAACAAGAAAAAAAGGUUUCCAACGGGUAUCUUGGGACGCCUGAACCGUCGACAGUGCCGCGAGCAACGUGUAAGAAGAUAAAAGUGCAGUGCGUUUGCACACAACACAAGCGGUAACGCGGGUAGCGGUGGAAAUGCUAAUGUAAGCAAUAUCAUAUACACACACACACACACACACACACACAUACAUAACACUGCAGAAAAGCCUCAGGAAUCGUAGAAAAAUGAAUGCAACGAGACCACCAGCAAAGUAUAUAGCAAAAAUUAUCGAAAAUACCAGCCACCAUCAGGACGGGCGGUGAAAUUUUCCAUUCAACCAGCAACAGCAAACGCUCGGCCUUAACGCAGCAGACACGGUUUAGACGUUUAGAUGGACUAAUCAUAUGCAUAGCGUAGUGUUAAGGGUCGAAUCAGUGCCUGCACGCAUCGCAAGGCCAUCUCUUUUGCAAACAAGGAACCCUUCCUUCCUUUCUCGUACUCUUUCUAUGGUGGUGAUGGGGUAAAACUACCGGACACACGGGUUUGUGUGCAUUUCUAACUAAUCACUGUUUUGUUUUCCGUGACGUGUGUUUGUGUGUAGGGUUUUGUGUGGCAGCUAACUUAAAAAGAAGGCAAAAUCGCAAUGCGCGAGUGCAGCGCAAACGCAACAGAAUGGUGAUACACGUUCGACCUGAGCAUGAGAGUGUGUACGCUUAAGUCAGUGGCGGUUUUUUUUUGGCAAAGGAUAGUCAUUUAUGUUUUUAUUCAGAAAUUGGCGCCUGUUUGGGCAGAAAGCUGAUCGUAAAUAAUUUACUGUAAAUGAUAUAAUUUUUUGUUAUUUUUUUUCUACAAAAAGAAAGGGCAAAUUAAAACACAAACAUGUUCAAACAUAUUUCUCUCUCUCUCUCGCUCUCUUUUUCUCGCUGUCUCUGACUCUCUAUCUCUCUACUACAGCCUUGCUUUAGCAUUACCAAAUAAUUUUCAGCUCACCACCCCGACACGACCAGUAUAUUUAUUUACCCAACUACCCAAACACCCAAACCCAAUGUGUCUGCGUAUGUGCGAGAAAGAGUGUUUUCCGGUAGAGCGUUUCCCAAUUUUUCCUCAACUGCACAACACAUUAACCGUGUCCCCGUUUCAUCUAAUUAUACACUGCAUACAUACAAAGAGCUACAGCUUUGGAACCGGCAAACCCAAGCGUUUGCUCAUGCCAGAUGCGUCCUGUACAUAGGCUACUUCCCUGCCGGCCCACCUGGGUAGAAGAAGAAGAAGAAGAAGAAGAAGAAAACAUGGCAGCACGAUUUGUAAACAAUUGAACAGGCGGUCAAAUGUUAGCACAAAUCUUCCCGAAACGCAACAUACAAUCCAAUCCAACGCCCCAAUCGAGACGGUAAACGGAAACAAACCAACGAAUACUGUUAUCGUAGGAACGGGACAAGAACACACACAACAACAAAAAACAAACAAAACAAAAAAAAAGAACGCUUAGUUACCGUUUUGAUGGUAGCCGAGACCGGGUGAUGGUGGCAGCUUAGUAAUUAGAUCACAAAACCGCAAACGGUCGAAAUAAGUACCGCUGAUUCGGACAACAGCUAGAAUAAUGCAUAAUAAAAGAAGAGAUAGAGAGAGAGAGAGGGAUAAUGAGGAAUGUAAAAGAGACAUAUAAAAAAAAAAACAGAACAGCGAGAGUGAGAAGACGAGCAGCGAGGGAAGAUGUGUACGAUAAAGCAAUGGUACGAGGGAAAGUAGGAAAUCUGUAGCGUCAAACUGAUUUACAGGGCUUCGAAUCAUGCAAUGGAAUAGUUAGUUCAAUUCGGUUCGGGCAGGGGUGUCUUCAAACUCCACGGUUAACGGGCCGCAUGCCGGACCUCGAGAGCCUAUAAUGCUGAUUUUGUAAAGGGUUAAAAAAAUAAAUAUAGUCUAUUACGUGUAACUAUUUUCAUCAAACAAUGUAAUGUUUCCUUUCUAGUGACGAAACACAAGCUAAUGAUAAUGGAACGCUGUAGAAAUUGUAAUUGGAUUGUGGCUACCCGAAAAUGGGAAUUUUGCAAGCUUGCAAGCUGUUGGAAAAUUCAAACUCGCUUUCUUUAGCCGUGGAGUCUCUCAAACACGAUAAAUCAGCAAAAGAAAAAAUAAAUGUCUAAAAUGUGUAUUUGGGUUGUUAUCACGGACAAUUUUAAAGCUCCAACCUGCAAAAUUCCCUCCCGUUCGGUUGACACAUUGUCCCAACCCAGCGAAGAAAAAAAAGAUGCGAAAUUCUACAAAAAUGUUUGGAGAGUUCCUCCCGUGACGGGCCAAAUAGAUUAUCCAAGAGGUAAAAAAAAGUGUGCAAGUGCUAUAAAACGCUAAAAGGAAAGGCUGGCCCAAAAUCGAUUGAACUGUUCCAUUGCAUGAUUCGAAACCCCCCUCAGUGAAAUUCUGCAUGCCCAUUAGCGGUGUGUAACGUCUGCUCAAUUACUUUAUAAUUAUGCUUCCGUGAGUUUUAGUGUGCUUUUGGUGUGUGUAUGUUUUUUUUUGUAAUUGUGUAUCCCUUGUUUGUUUGUCCCCAGUUGCACAAAUGUAAGAGAGUGAAAAGCGAGUAUACAGAGAGAGAGAGAGAGAGAGAGAGAGAGAGAGAGAGAGAGAGAGAGAAAGAGAGAGAGAAAGCACACAUAUGCUACAGGAUUUUCCAGGAGUUCUCAUAGCUGUCGGACACUUUAUUGACUCUUUCUUACUUGAAAUGAACUUAGCUUAUUGGGAAUUGGAUUCUCUAGUACACUUAAUGGAAAAAUCCAACAGGAAUUUCAAGGUUUCAAGGAACCUGUUCAAAAGGUGUGGCAUAGAGUCCACUUUCCAACACAUGUAGUUCACUUCCAAUAGGAAAAAGUCAAAGAAGUGUCCCACAACUAUGAGAAUCACUGUGUACCUUCACAACGAUCACCGGCAGAGGGCACGGGAGCGACCAACUCGUUUGCCGACAAUCAAGAUUUCGGGAACCUCAAUUGUACAUAGUAUCUAAUAUUUAAUACGUCCCCCUUCUUUUAAUGCCACAGUCUAACAAUCGGGUCCAUUGCAUUACUUUUGUAACGAAUCCUUUCGUGGGUUUAUUAUAUAUUUUUAUUUUUUGUAUUCUCGGUGUUCAGGUUUGCCCCUUUGGUUGCACUGGCAGGCCGAUAGUUAGUGAAGUUGCUCACCGUGGUCACAGCUCCCUUAGUACAUUUUGUUUCCACCUUCUCGUCGAAUUAAUAAAGAAUUUAUAACCUGAAGUACAGAUUUAAUAACGAUCACUCUCAUACACACAAUGUUCAAAGUUUACUGGAAAUGGCCAAUCAAAGCAAGUGCGUGCGUGUUUGAUUUACUCUGUUUUCGAUAGCAACACUCUCGAUUAACUAAUGUUUUUUUUUUCUUUUUAUUUGAGUAAUCUGUGUAAAGCACGUGUCGUAAAUAGCGUUGUUGCAUAAGGAAAAUAAAGUAAAGGAAGCUUUUUGGAAAGAGAAAAAUAUCAAUUAAAAACAUAUAUUAGCAAAUACACCUAUAAAACGCGCCCUUUUUUGUUUUUUUUUUUUACUAUGAUGUGAAUAAUAGGGAAAUUGUGUGCAUAUAAUUAAAAAAUAAAUAAAAACAAACAAACAAACAUUGACGGAAGGAACGCUUGCGUAUAUGAAACAAUUAUUAAUCGCACGGUGCAAAGGGU